AUGGGAUUGGCUUUGGUUGUGAUUAUUGCUUUCUGUAUUCUGGCAAACCAGAUGGCAGAACAUGCAGCCAAUCCGUCGUGCAUAAUUGGACCUCAUCACAAAGUGUCGCCAUCGCCUGAGCCCGAUAUUAGAAAAGACACUGCAUGCAGCCGAUAUUCAAGCUUGUCUUGCUGCACAGCUAACACUUCGCACUCAAUUGACCAACACGGUGAUCGAGAGCUGUACAACUUCUACUGGGAUGACUGCGGUGUGAUAUCAACUGCAUGUGAACGCUACCUCAAAGCUGAAAGCUGUUUUGUCUCAUGUGAUUCAUAUAUUGGACAGUGGAAAGGCUCGGAAGUUCUAUCAUUGUCCGGUCUACCUAUAUGCGCUGUCUAUUGUGACGAUUGGUUUGAGGCUUGCAAAGACGUUCUUCUUUGUGCACAAAAUUGGAUAACAGACUUCAACCUUACAAUAGAUCCUGUAACCGGCCGUUUUCAUUGUGUCAACGAGACAUGUCGUACCUUUGCACAGUGGUAUCGAAACGGCGAGGGAAUGUGUGAGACCAUGUGGGGAGAUUCCUUUCAAUAUGAUGAAGACAACACUAAUUGCAUGGUAAUGCUAUUCACUGGUGGCAAUCCUAAUUCGAAUGUGAUGAAAGACGCAAGCGGAGCUGGGAGCGUUACACGCUGGCAAAGGAGUCUGCUCUUCUUGUUUGCAGUCUUUCCUUAUAUUCUUCUUCAGUUCUGA